AUGGGCGCUGCUGAAUCAAAAUUAUCAUUCAAGAACAAGGUGUUCAAAUUGGCUGGAAAUGAUUCAGAACCUCCAAUUCCAACUAAUGAUCCUUAUUGGCAAAUGUUUUGGAAUGAUCCUGAAAAUGCCGAAGAUAUCUUCAAUCUGUUAACAUUUUCUGAUAUCAAGACAAUAAGAGAUACCAAUAAGACAAACUUCUUGAACUUGAUUAGAAUAAUUACCAUAAAAUUGAUUGAAAUUAGUACUUCUAAAAAUUUCCCUCAUUAUUCCAAAAAUUCAACAAAGCAAUUAUUAAAUUGUAUAAGAACUUUGACAAGAUUGAUACCCUUUCUUUUUGAGAAAACUGAAUUACAAGAAGAUAUUAAUAACAUUUUUUGGAACUUGGGUUAUAAUAAUAUUGACUUUAAAGAUCCUUUCAAUGGUAAUAGCGCAAUUAGUUCAAAUGCCACAGUUGGUUCUUUCACAACAGAUACGAAUAAUUCAUCGUUUUCCAAUUCAAGUACAAAAGCUAAUAUAAACUUACCAAUCAACAAAUCACCUUCUUCUACAGAUGUUAAUGUUGGGGCUCCUUCAAAAUUGGUUAAGCCUUUAGGUGAGCAAUUGAUCCAUACUUUAGUGGAUUUGUUAUUUAUGAAUAAUUUCACAUUAACUGAGUCCCAUGCUAAAGGUGUUGAAUUCACAAUUUGGGAAAUCGGUAUUGGUUCAAAUGGGAAAUAUGAGAAUCCAGAUCCAGAAAUUGACUCAAAUAGAUUAGAGGUCCUAAGAUUGAUAUUAACUUUGGUGUCUCAAGGUUUAUACACUUAUCCAAAGCAGAUCGUUUCAACAGGUUCAAGAUUUUUAACAGUUCUUGUCUCUACUAUUGGAAGAUUGAAAUUUUUAACGUUUAUUUGUUCGUUGUUAAACUUGGUUUGUCGGUCUUGUAAAGCUGAUAAUGAUAAUAAUGGUAUGGUUUAUACGGAGAGUCAAUAUUCUGGGAAUAAAUAUGUUGCAUUGAGAAGAAAUCUUGUUAGUUUUGCUCUACAGUUAUUAACAACAAUGAUUGUUUAUCCAUUACCUACAAGUGAUACCAAAUUUUUAUAUUCAUUAAACAUUUUGAGUAAUAAUGAAAAAGCUCAUAAUUUGGUGAGGUCAUAUUUUGGAAGAUUGCAUAAAGAGAAUGAAUUGAGUUUUAUAUUUGUUUCUUUUAUCAAUUUUUUGAAUAAGCCAAUGGAUCAAGCUGUGGAGAAUGAGUUGAAUCCAUUUAAUCUACUGAAAUCAAACUUUUCACCAACUUCAGCAUCAAACCUAACAAGCGGAUUGAAUUCAUCAACAACGUCAUCAUCUGCAAACUCUUCAUUACCUGCAUUGUCAUCUUGGACACCUGAAAUUGUUAUCUUUUUAUGGGAAUUGAUUCAAUGUAAUAAAAAUUUCAAGAAUUAUGUUUAUUCCAAAAAGAUUCCUGAACUGUUGGUAACAUUAUUAUAUUACAUUAAACAUUAUAAAGGAUUUGAGCUGUGGAAAUCAAGUUUGAUUAGAAUAAUUUGUUACUUUAUGAUUUAUCUGACUUCAGAUGAAAUAGUUGUUGCUAAAUUGUUAACACCAAUAAAUCCAAAUUAUUAUCAUAACCAUUUACCAAAUUUCUACAAGAUAAGUACCUCAAAUCAACCAAAUAAUUUAACAUAUAGAGAUUUUCUUAUUAUCCAAAUUUGCAACACAUUGAUUAAUGAUGAGUUUGAUACCAUUAUUACACCAAAUUUCUUUGAAUAUCUUUACAAUUUGAUACCCAUCAAAGAACUUGAAACUCCAACAGUUCAUUACAAGACCAAAAGUAUCCUGUCAUACCAUUCAAGUUUAUCAAUUGUCAAUGUUGUUGCUAAGUACAGUACAUCGUCAGUGCUGAAUAACAAUUUGAAGUUAGAUCUAUUGGCAUUGGUCAUUAGAGCUAUUGCGCAUUCAUGUUGUCGUUAUCAUAAGGAAUCAAGAACUUUACUAUAUGUAAUCACCAAACAUGAACAGAUUUUUCAAAACUUAUUAUCAGUUAUAGAAUCAUUAAAAUUAGAAACAGAAUUAGAUGAUAUUCAAGAGAAUGAACACGAAGAUGAUGAAGAAAAUGAAGAAAGUGAUAAUAGAACUGAGAGUCCAGGUACAGAUGACACAAGAUCUCAGUCUACUGUUGGUGGUCCUGGUGAUGAGAAUGAUGACUAUGAUAAUAACAAUUAUAAGACUAGAAACUCUUCAAAAGAUGAAUUUGAAGAAAUUCUUAGACCAAAACCUCCAACCGGUAUGUCAUCUAAAGCCAAAUCCAAAUUACCGUUAGAUGCUCCAUUAACUAAAACUUGGGCUGGUUACAAAUCACUAAUUGUUAUUUUGAAAACUAUAGAGUUGAUAAAACUUGAAAUUCCAAAUAUCCAAGAAACAACAAAAUCAGAGAUUGUGGAGAACCUGAUAAAGAUUGAAAGUAUUAAAGACUAUGAUUCCAAAAUUGCCAAGAUUGCAUCAAGUGAAUUUUUACCAAAGACUAAAUUUGAAACAUUAAAAUUUACUUGGUCAGCUAUGUCAUUAGGUUGGUAUGAAAGCAUUUUAUGGGGUGAUAUCUUUUACCAAAACAAUACAAAAGAUAAUUCACAAAAUGUUUGGUUUAAUAAACGAAGUUCAGGAAUUUCAAACAUUAAAGAAGUUGCAUCAAAUUGGGGGUUCAGCUGGAAAUCAAGUGCCACUCCAAUCGCUCAUCAAUUUGAUAAUUCAAUUCUACAGUUGAGUAUAUGGAAUGGAACUUUUAUUAGAUUGUUCAAAAUCAAAAAACCAUUAGUGGAGAAGCCUUUAGUUGAUGUUAAUAACCUGAUGAAGAGAUUUAGACUGAAUAGUACAUCAAGUAUAACAACGCUAAACACGUUGGAUUCAAGAAAUUCAGGGUUGAAUAGUCCAAGACAUGAAUCUGUAUCAGGUUUCAAUUCUCCAAAUCAAUUGACUCCAAUCAACUCAAGACAAUCUUACACUCCAAGAAAUUCCAUUCAUAUAAAUAGUCGUCAAAAUUCAUUUUCAAACGCAUUGGAUAGUCCAUUCAGUUUAAAAUAG